CGCGAUUUUCCAGCCUUCCAAGUGCUGACAUCAAUCACCUAAAUCGUUCACAGAGUCCAGCUUGUUGGCGGAGCCAGUAAUUAUCAAAAACGCAGAUAUGGCAUCUACUGUAUCUAGUUCUCGCCCAAUAAAGUCUGCUGCGCCACGUUCGAUACCGCCAGAGCUCCUUGAUGUUAUCGCUGCAGACUUUCACCAGGUCAACUUUGCGGUUGAGGAUCACAUCAAGAAAGAGCUCAAUCUCAAGCUUGACAAAGAUGAUCAGAUUUGUCAAGCAAAUCUUACGCCUGGUGGCUGCCCACUGGGAGCUUCCCAGUGUCCAUUAAGGCACACCACGCCAUCUGCACUGAAUUUCCAGCCUCCGCCCCCUCCUCCCACUAGUUUUCGGGAGCGUGAACGACUAUCGACAGUGUGCAAACAUUGGCUUCGAGGCCUGUGUAAGAAGGGUGAUACAUGUGAAUUCUUGCACGAGUAUAAUUUACGUCGAAUGCCUGAAUGUUGGUGGUUUGCCACGUAUGGUUAUUGCGCAUCCGGUGAUGAAUGCUUGUACAACCACCCGAAGGAACGGAAAGUUGAGUGCCCGGACUACAAACGUGGGUUUUGCGAACUUGGACCAACGUGUCCGCGGAAACAUGUCCGACGGAUUGCGUGCCAACGAUACCUCAAUGGCUUUUGCCCACUAGGACCCAAAUGUGAUCAAACUCACCCCAAGCCCCGUCUACCGAAAGAAGAAGAGUAUCUGCCACCACCACCACCUUCGAAUCGAGAUCUAGGCCCACCACCUGCUUCGUACCUGCGUAUGCAGAAUGAAGGGCAGGGACAGGUGCAAAGUUUCGGCGGGCCUGGCAUUCCAACGGGUGUGGUAGUUAAUGAUCCUCAAAAUAGACCGUUAGGUCCAGACGGCACCCCGAUGCGGAGGAAUUUGGACGAAGUUCUAUGCUUCAAGUGCAGUCAAUAUGGUCAUUACGCCAAUACAUGCUCGAAUCGGAAUGUACCCGGUAACCGGGGUGGUUUGGAUCGCCGCACGUUGCACACCCAAGAAUAGGUGCUGCGUGAACGCGUGUUGAGCUUUGUACAAAUAGUAUACAGUUGAAUCCGUUGGCCGAGAAGUGAGGUACUAGUGCUCCCCACUCGUGGUAGCAUACCGAUCUUCGAGGUCCUCUUGCCCUCCGUAUCCCCCUUCGAUCUCCUCCCUUCUUUUAACCGUCUCGGUGCUUUCUUUGAGGACUUCGUUUUCGGCCCCCGAUCUAGCUCUGAGCUCUGCUAGUUGCUGUUGUUCCUGUUUAUAUUUCCAUUAUAAUAUAAUCACAGUUCGCAAUAUUAGCAACACGCGUACCCGCUCGUGAGCCCAGCGGUUCUCGUCACCACGUUCCUUGUCCUUCCAAGCGGAAUCCUGGGAGUAGAGAUGAAUAAUUGAUUCCAUGACAAUAUGUUAGUAUAUCAAGCAUUGAUGACGCCCCGAAAAACCUGCCUGUGCCGUCGCGCCGGUAGACAUCUAUUGCAAAAUCCCAACAGGUGUAAAGUGAAGCCGAAGU